AUGGCUGAAGUAGUCAAAGCAGCGGCCGCGCGCCAAUUACCAGCCUUUAGGCUUGGUCAGAAGCAGGUUUAUCUGCCGACGCACAUCAUCACGAUGCUCCGCAAAGAGCACCUGCCCCCCAACGAAGCCUGCUUCCAGGUGCCGCUCACAUUCACCAAGUUCGAUCUCCGCGACUACCUCUGGAACCUCUACAACGUCGAGGUUAAGAAGGUGCGGUCGUACGUCAAGGGGCGGCCGCUGGCCGAGCGCCCCAACCGGCCGGGCUCGACGUACCGCCCGCAGGCGCUCAAGAUUAUGACGGUCGAGCUCGCGCGGCCGUUCCAGUGGCCCGAGGUGCCGACGGACCGCGCCCCGUGGAACCACGAGCUUUUCGAGAUGCGUGAAGAGUCGCUGGACCAGCGCCGCGAGGACCAGUACAACGCUGCGAACCGCAUCAUCCCGAUGUCGAGCCGCCAGCCCCGGUCCGAGGACCGCAAGCAGCUAGCGAGCCUGGCCAAGGACUUGCUGUCGGGCAAGAAGAAGUGGUCGAACCAGGUGCAGCUCGACUCCAAGUGGGACGCCAUCGUGCAGGAGGCGGCGGCAGCGGGCGGCGAGGGGAAGAAGGAGGCGGCGGCGGAGAAGAUUGCCCAAGACAAGGAUGCCCAAGACAAGGCGGACAGGACAAGCCCCAAGCCUGCGCAAUAG